AUGAGCCGCGCAAAGAUGCCCCUUCAGGCUGAUGAAGAGAUGGGCAAGAAAGAUGACGACCAUCGACCAUCUGAUCAAGCUCGCUUCCUACCUCUGCGGCACCGAGCAAUGCCUCGACCUCGCCGAAUACUGCUCGCUAUCAUUGCGCUUGUUCUCGUCUACGAGUUCUUCAAGCACAUGCCCACGGACCUGGGACCCGCCCCAGAUCGGUUCGACCCUGCGAUUGCGAAGCUACGAGAAGAAAGUCUUGCCAGAUUGGCAGGCUCAGAUAAGCCGCCACCUGAUGUUUCCAAGCCAGACGCUGUACUACCGGACAAUUUGCCACCAGUCAAGGUAUCGGAAUCGAACCAAAAGGAGGAAGCUUAUGAUGGGAUGAUCAAGUUCUACGAGUUGGCCCACUCUCUUCCUCCCUAUAAGUAUUCACAGAAAGCUGCCAGUCGUGCAGUUGUGUUUGCAGCCUCAAGUCUCCGCAGUGUGUCAGAUCUUUUGCCUCUAGCUUGUCGGAUGGCUGGUCAGCGACUCAACUAUGUGCAUUUCACUGUGAUGGGAAAGGAGGAAGUUUCGAUUGAGGGAAUCAAGGAAGUUAACAGAAUCAGAGAUAGCGAAUGCCCGAUGACUUGGCACGAUGCUCGGCCGGACUAUGCACCCAAAUCUACUGAUGACCGCAUGAAGCGGUCCGUGAUAGGAGGGUUGCAAAACAUCCAAACCUACAUCAGCCCCGAGGUUAUCAUUACACAAGGUCGGGGCUGGGAGGAUUCCUUUUUCUGGGACGGGGUCGAGGUCAAUUCUCGAGAAAAUGGCGUCCCUCACGUUGCUCUCUCCGCUGCUUCAAGAGAUCUUAUGUGGAUAGCAUCGCUGGAUAGCGAAGCUCUUCGAUCGUGGAAUAAAAUACGAAUCGAAAUGGUGGUGCAUGCACCCUCCGAGUCUUCUGGGUCUUUGAUCAGGCUUAUGCAGUCAUUGGAUGCAGCCGACUAUUUAGGAUCGGCUCCAAGUUUGACAAUAGAGCUUCCUCAGCGGGUAGAUUCGCAGUUGCUUCAGUUUCUACAGCAUUUGGGCGGGUUGACCCAGCUUUCUGGCCAAAUUACUAUUCGGCGGCGGAUUCAACCGCAUGACAUGGACACAUCAGAAUCAUCACUUCGAACCGUGGAGUCGUUCUAUCCACGGGACCCUGAGAUGACACAUUUGCUUCUGCUAUCUCCACAGGCCGAGCUCGCACCGUCGUUCUAUCACUACCUGAAGUUUGCUGUACUGAACUACAAACAGUCUUCCCGAGCCAAGCGCAUAUUUUCUAAGAUGAUUGGCAUCUCACUUGAACUACCAUCAUCCAAACCCACGGCUGAUAGCCAAUCUUUCACCCCGCCGCCCAUGACCAUUGAAGGCAAAGAGCAGUUUCUUCCCUCGUUCCUCUGGCAGGCCCCCAAUAGUAAUGCAGCUUUGUAUUUUGGUGACGCAUGGGCGGAAUUCCAUUCCUUCAUGGCUAACCGCCUGUCGACUCCGCAAUCCGCGGCGGCCUCCCAAACAAAGUUUAUAUCGGAGAAAUAUCCGGCGUUUAUGGAACACAUGCUCGAGAUGAUCCGCGCCAAGGGAUAUUAUCUCCUAUACCCAUCAUUCCCAGGCAUCAAAUCUUCUUCGAUUGCCAUAGUACACAACGAGCUAUAUCAGCCCCCAGAAGAAUUCAGGGGCAGCAAUCCUGCGACCUCGGGUGAAGAAGCCACUCAAGUCGUUCAUGAUCCUACGCAGCCGCUUACAGGUGGGAUUUCCACCGGUUUAGGGUCUAUUGAAAGACCGCUGAACCGCGCAUCAACUAUUAUGCCACUGCUUGACUUGUUCUCUUCGGGUCUUCCCGAUCUUGAUGCUUUAUCUCUGCUUUCAUACGAUGGAGAGGGCUUAACAGCUGCGGCAUACACUAAACAGACGGAAGAAUAUGCCAAGCAGUUUCGAACUCAGUACGGAGGAUGUGCCAGAGAUAGCAAGAUUGAUGAGCUCUCGACAGAUGUACUAUUUUGCAUUCAAGAAUGA